UUCCCUUGGCACCCACCUCCUUCAGGGCUGAGGAGGGAGAUGUGCAUUUUUUUCUGCUUGUGUAAAAAAAUUAAAGAAAGAGGUAUGUGAUUUCUCAAAGUCACAACAACAGAGGCUGAGGGACAGGAAAGUCCUGUUUGAGCUCAAACUUAAUGAGAGGGAAGUUUCUUAAUAAAACACUUCUGAUUAUAGCUGGAAGCAAAAAAGGAGACUUCUGUUGACUUUAUUGGACAGCAUUUUGUUGUCACCACAAAACCAUGGCAGAUGCAAAGAAGACAUAGCACAGGUGUGCAACAACUACCCAGAGGAUUUAGGAGCAGCUCUUUACCGAGAGCCGUUUGACUUCAACGCCGAGCCACCUUGGGACCCCAGCUGAUAGAGGACGAGUUCAUCCCAGGACUCGUCCAGGUCUCUAGGCGCUCAAGAGGAAGCAAGCAGGAUAGCUUUGGACUGGUUUCAUUCUCAUGCCUGACAGAGCUGAAGAUAACGGUUGAGAGGAUGAAAGGAAUCUCUGAUGAACCACAGUAUUCUGUUGGCCUGCUGGAUGGGGACACAGCUAUUUGUGAUGUGAUUGGCAAUCACAUCACUGAGCAAACUCUGGCUGAGAAGAAUGCAUUCUUUGUUGCUGACCUGGGAGUCUUAAUGAGGCAGCAUGUUCACUGGCAAACGUUCAUGGCCCAAGUUCGACCCUACUAUUCUGUCAGAUGCAACAGCAGUCCGCCUGUGAUUGAAGUUCUUGCCGCCCUUGGCUCUGGCUUCACUUGCACCAACAAGUUUGAGCUUGAGCUGGUGCAGAGCCAUGGGAUUCCCUCUGAAGAUAUCAUCUACAGUGGUGUUUGUAAACAGGUUUCCCAAAUAAAAUAUGCUGCAAAAAAAGGCAUUGACCUCUUGGUGUGUGAUAACGAAGCAGAGCUACGCAAGAUUUCCCGCUGCCAUCCUAGUGCCAAGCUGCUGCUACAGGUGUCAACAGAGGCCUCCUGCCCUGACGACGAGUUGGGUAUGACAUUCGGAUGUUCCCUCAAGGACUGCAGACAUCUGCUGGAGAGAGCAAAAGAACUGGGUGUGCAGGUUGUGGGUGUCAGGUCUCACAUUUCCAACUCCUGUAAAGAUGACCAGGUGUAUGUCCGCACCAUCUCUGAUGCCCGCUGCAUCUUUGAUAUGGCUGAAGAAAUUGGCUUCAACAUGAACAUUUUGGACCUUGGAGGUGGAUUCAGCAGCUCUGAGACUCCGCUGGAAGUGAUCAACAAUGCCAUUAUGAUGAUGGUGGAUGUGUAUUUCCCAUCUUCCACUGGAGUUUCUAUCAUCGCUGAGCCUGGAGGCUUCUUUGUAUCUUCUGCUUUCACCCUUGCUGUUAAUGUUGUCUCUAAGGAGGUGGUGGCCCGGGACCUGCAGGGCCCGGAACACGAUGGGUUGUCCCCCAAUGAGGAGCCAGAAUUCCAAUACCACAUGAGUGAGGGGGUGUAUGGAUCCUUUUCUAGCAAACUCUCUGAAGCACAGAUUCUAACUCCAUCCAUGUACAAGACGUCCCUGGAUGCUCCAGUGUUCAGCAGCAGCCUCUGGGGUCCCUCUGGAGAUGCGCUGGACCAGGUGGUGGAGCACUGUCUCUUACCUGAGCUUGAUGUAGGAGACUGGCUAGUGUUCACACAAGCUGGGGCCUAUGGUCUGGGUCAGCUGCUCCUCCCCUCCACUGAUUCAACACCACCUCCUGUCUAUUAUGUCAUUUCUUCUAGAGACUGGUUUGACAUGCAGGACACUGGUGUCCCUCAAGCAGCUACACUCAAGAACUUCUCAGUGGUCCCUUAUUUUCUCAGCUCCUGCCAGACAGAGGCUGAGCUGUCUGUUCCUGCUUAGCAUCUACCUGACCUACAAGUCUUCAGCUUCCAAUGCUGCUACCAUCACACGAUGUAUACUUCACUAACGGGACCAGCCUGAACAGACCUCAGUAUAUAAUGUAUGAUUACACCUAGAAAAGCACAGAACAUGUUGGUUAGUAUUCAAUAAAACAUAUGAAUCCAAAUGAUAUUCAUGCAUUAUUCUUUGUGAUUCAGUAUAGUAAGUAAGUAAGUAAAUAUUAUUUAUAUAACACGAAUCACAGACAUAGAAUCACAAAGUGCUUCACAUAGAUCAAAACAAAACAAUGAUCUCAAAAAUGAAAUAGAUUACUGCGCAUUUGGAGAUUUUCGUCGUUUAACAACCAGACGACAUCCUUUUCAAAAUAAGAGCACCUGCUGACGCGCCGCCGAACGGUACCGGGGUCGACCCUCUAGACGGGCUUUGAAACGUUGUGACCGCUGCACCGACAGCUCCAGCGUACACCCGAGGUUCUUGGACCUGGCAUUUCCUGAUCUACCUGGGAGACCCCCCACUGGGUACGUACACGGCAAAAUAGCGGCUCAUGUCAUCACUUUAUAAGCCUCGUGAUAUCUAGUCAAAGACUACCAGAUUCAAUUACGUCAUCCUAAAGAGUCUGAACCAACCACACACACGCACCAACAUAACAUCCAUAUCCAUUUUCAUCCAUCACAGAGUUAGUCCUGGUAGAUUGUUUAGAAUUUAUAAUUAAGAUAUUAAAGAUUCUCAAACGA